AUGCCCUUCGUCGUUCUUAGGGCCAGUCUCACGCGAAUCACCGGCCUCACAUUCGAAAGCCACACCCAAAACCACCUUGCUCCGAUCGUGCAGAAUGCCAUGUCCGACGAGUUCACCAGUUCUUCUGACGAUGGCGACGCUUUCAUCGAUCACUUCUUCCAAGAACUCGGCUCCCCGGUGAAGACAAGAAAAUCAGCCACUCCUGCAGUGGAGUCAGAUUCUUGCCAACUCCCGGAUCAUUCCCAACUCCCAAAUCAUCCCCAACGCCCAGACAUCGCUACCAGCUACCAAGGCAUUGUGUCCGAUGCACCAAGACAUGUGCAGAGUUUCAAAAAAAAUGCACCUGAGGCCGCUGCAAACUUCUCUUUGGAAAUCCCCAGCAUCUUCCUCACCGAGGGAGAGAGAAACAGGCGGAUCCUACGCCAGGCCCGGGAAAUCUCAAAGACUUUGUCCGAGGAGGAUGAAAAAAACAGAGCCAGGCUUGCGGCGCUAAAUGCUGAAAAAGACAAGAUCAUCCAGGAGCUAAAUGACAAUGGCUCGGCCUUCCUCUACAGCUGGAGAACAGACUCCAAGAUCAUCGAGGACUAUGUGCAUAAAAGUCUUUCCCAGGACUACUCCAUGAUCACGCGGCGUCAGUUCUAUUUUUUUGACGAUGUGGAAAAGCCUCGAUUCGACGACAGAUACAUCCCCAGCUCUCCAUCUUUGCGUGUGGCUUUGAAAUAUUGCCUGGGGAGUCCGGAUCUAUUCUUGAAAAACCUUCGAGCGUCUCGGAUCAAACUCUCUUCGUUCUUGGCCGCCAGUCUAGUUUCCGUCAAUGACUUGAAUUCAUUGGCCCAUGUUGAAAGGGUUUUUCGCCACGCCUACACCGAGAUGAGUCAUCUGGAUAAUCUGGAGUCUUUAGAUGAAACUUUCACACUGCCCAAUUCAUGGGAAGAGCCUAGCUUUCUUGAUUUGAUGCAAGCUAUUGGAACAAGACUGGCAAAGACAUCAGCGUCGCCUCCGAUUGAACUAAAGCUUGUGCAUUAUAACAACCAUCAGGAGUUGCUUCUCUUGAGACUAAGCAUCAUCUUUCAUUUCUUUGUCCCUCGUUUAAAGUCCAAAGAGGAACAAAUUCUUUUGCUCAUAUUUUUCCACUUGUCUGGUUCGGACUUUAACCUCAACAAGAUGUGGAAGGAAAAUUUGAUAAACAUAUUUAUCGCUCCAAUAUUCGAUAUCAUCGUUAAUGAGUGGUCCCGCGGACACGGCUUGGAGUCACUUGUUGAGGAAGCGCACCGGAUUUUUACCCGAACCGUACCAACGCUUUACGGAGAAGUAGAGACACAGUUGCAAAAAGCUUUUGAAAUUCAUUUCAACAUGCUUGUUAACUUGCUCCGUCUGUCCUCUUCCCAUCAGAACUCAAUACUUGUUGCAAAAAAACUUAUUUUCAAAUUUCUUGACGUGAAACCCACAGGCGACGAAUUGUCCCGGUUGGCGGGGGUGAUUGAAAGAAUUGGCAAGCUAGGACAUGUGUCAACACAGCAUAUCGUGUCAAAAUAUAGAAAUGACGUGCACAAAAACUUUUUCAGAGUGCAUCUUGUUGCCGAGCUACUCAAUGUCCAUAUCCUAGAUGAGGCUCUCCAAGACGGCCAGGGUUUACUUGUAUGCUAUGAAAAAUUGAUUGACUGCAAAGACUCAUACCAGCGGAUCAUUGGUCAAUUGACGUUUCUGUCGGAAGAAGACAGUCGUGAAAAAAGCCGCAUCUCACUUAUCAUAAGUGAUACAUACCAUUUGUUGGACUACAUCGUGAAUGUGUUGGGAAUGAGUGGCAUAUUGCCCAACCGAGACUUCUUUUACGAUAAAUAA